AAACGAUCAAAGCUUUUCUUCACUACCUCAUCGUCGUCGUCGCCGCCGUUUACGAUUUCAACAACAAGAGUCCCGAUUCUUGACUCGUCCAUGACUGAAACAGAGAGCCAAGGGAGAAGUUCGAUUGGUUCGCACAGUGCUACCCUGUAAUGUCGAACGGUGAUGGGUCUCGAUGUCGUGGCGUGGUGGGAUUGAAUCACGAAUGCCUGGAAGGUGAUCGGCGAUAGUUGGCCACAUAGAUUGGCUCCGCUCUCCGUAUGAAGGAUCGAUCAGUCGG